CAAGACGGACCAUUCUACACUCCGGAGAAAACUGAAUUCAGACCAGCUGAGCGGCCCAAAGCUGUUAGACCACAGGAUAAUUUGCGAACUGAUGAAGGCGAUUUUGUUCGUCCCGAAAAAACGAAAUUCAUUCCAGCUGAGCGUCCACAACAAGUUCGGCCAGAAGAUAAUCUUCGCCAAGAUGGACCAUUCUAUACUCCGGAGAAAACUGAAUUCAGACCAGCUGAGAGACCAAAAGCUGUCAGACCACAAGAUAAUUUACGAACAGAUGAAGGUGAUUUUGUACGCCCCGAAAAAACGAAAUUCAUUCCAGCUGAGCGUCCCCAACAAGUUCGGCCAGAGGAUAAUUUGCGUCAAGAUGGACCAUUCUAUACUCCGGAGAAAACUGAAUUCAGACCAGCUGAGCGGCCCAAAGCUGUUAGACCACAAGAUAAUUUACGAGCAGACGAGGGUGAUUUUGUACGACCCGAAAAACAACAUUUCGUUCCAGCUGAACGUCCGAAACAGGUAAAACCAGAAGACAAUCUUCGUCAAGAUGGGCCAUUUUACACGCCAGAGAAGGCGGAAUUCGUUCCAGCUGAGCGACUAAAGGCUGUCAAACCUGAAGAUAAUUUGCGACCAAACGAAGGUGAAUUCCAACGGCCCGAAAAACAACAAUAUAUUCCAGCCGAGAAACCGAAACAAGUCAAACCGAAAGACAACUUAACCACUGGCGUCGGUGAAUUUAUUGUGCAUGAAAAACUCGGACCAACUGGUCCAUGUGAGAAACGGUCUCCAAUAAAACAUGACGACAACUUACGUACAGGCGAAGGUGAUUUUGUAACACCCGAAAAACAGAAAUACAUUCCAGCUGAGCGUCCAAAACAAGUGAAACCGAUUGACAAUUUGACAACAUUUGAGGGAACAUUUGAACAGCGCGAGGAAAUAUCGUUUAUAGCGGCUGAAAUACCAAAAGCAGUCAAGCCAAUCGAUCAGUUUUACUUGGAAGGUGAUUUUGUACGCCCCGAAAAAACGAAAUUCAUUCCAGCCGAGCGUCCCCAACAAGUUCGGCCAGAGGAUAAUUUGCGUCAAGAUGGACCGUUCUAUACUCCGGAGAAAACUGAAUUCAGACCAGCUGAGCGGCUUAAAGCUGUCAGGCCACAGGAUAACUUAAGAGCAAAUGAAGGAGACUUCGUUCGGCCAGAGAAACAACAUUUCGUUCCAGCUGAACGACCACAACAAGUUCGGCCAGAAGAUAAUUUGCGACAAGAUGGUCCAUUCUAUACUCCGGAAAAAACUGAAUUCCAACCAGCUGAGCGUCCCAAAGCUGUCAGGCCACAUGAUAAUUUACGAACUGAUGAAGGCGAUUUUGUUCGUCCCGAAAAAACGAAAUUCAUCCCAGCCGAGCGACCAAAACAAGUUCGGCCAGAAGAUAAUCUUCGCCAAGACGGGCCAUUCUAUACUCCGGAAAAAACUGAAUUCCAACCAGCUGAGCGGCCCAAAGCUGUCAGGCCACAGGAUAACUUAAGAGCAAAUGAAGGAGACUUCGUUCGGCCAGAGAAACAACAUUUCGUUCCAGCUGAACGACCACAACAAGUGCGUCCAGAAGAUAAUUUGCGACAAGAUGGUCCAUUCUAUACGCCAGAGAAACCACAAUACAAGCCAAGUGAACGGCCAAAAGCAGUUAAACCACAGGAUAAUUUGCGAGCAGAUGAAGGUGAUUUUGUACGCCCCGAAAAAACGAAAUUCAUUCCCGCCGAGCGACCAAAACAAGUUCGGCCAGAAGAUAAUCUUCGCCAAGAUGGACCAUUCUAUACUCCGGAAAAAACUGAAUUCAGA